CGUCUUUUUAGAAUGUUUUAAGACGUCUUUUUUAAGAAGUAUUACAUGCAUGUGGCUUGCGCAUGUGUACGGUAUUCCCUCCCUCAUGCUGCUUGCGUCUCAAAUCUGGCGUCACUGUGUAUAAAUCGUAAUAGAUCAGAAUGGAGUCAAUAAAUAAAAUGCAGACGAAAUUGACGGUUUAUAAAUGCUGUGAUUUACACGCAAUUCUUCGAAGGAUUUGAAAAUGUCUGAGGACAUUUCUGUAGAUUUUACUAUUGACGAACAAGAAGAUCGUGAUGUGAACUCCAAUGGAAUAUCGAAGCGUUUAAAAAUGCUAUUCUGCUGCUUCAAGCGCGAACGAUUGCAUGAGAAGGAAAUCAUCGAGUGUGAUCCUGAAGAGUACGAUUAUGUCGUUGAGAAGCUCGUCAUCAAACGUGUGCCACUUGCAUUAUUUGCGAUCCCGGCCGAUUUUUCGGAUCGUCGUAAACGCGAUGUGUCGGUGAUAUCAAAUGACAUUUCGCAAUCGACGUGUUUGUCCAUAUUGGACGGGAAUAAUUCUGCUGUAAAUGCAGUUGUGCGAGAUAAGGGCCUCACAUCGAUGAAAACUGCAAUGGGUAGAACUGCAUAUGAUCCUGCAGUGAAAAAAACCCUGGACAGAAGUAAAAAUGAAAACUUGGUUAGAAAAAGAUUCAGUGGCUUAAAUCCAGAUCUGAAGAAGUUGAAAGGGUCACCCAAAGAUCCAUUGAAUUUUUCACAGAGCAAACAGUCAUUUGCAGAGGACAUUUCCGAAGUAAAAUCCAGUACAAAAAGCACCGUUUCCUCUAAGUCAACGUCUUCCUUGACCACUCAGGAUAAUCUUUCAACUCGAGGUGAGUCUGCUUGUCGCGUGUCAAAUAAUUCUUUCUUUGGAUUUUGGAAUAGGAGAAACAUGAAAACGCAAACAGAAGAAGAUGUCUUAAAGCAGCUGCAAAACGUAUCUUCCGGAAAGAAUCAAGAUAAUUUUAUUCCUGGCUGGAAUCGAAAAUACAUAGUGUCGCCGUUUCGAGUGCAAAGAGGUUCUUUUGAUCUCACAAAACCGAAGAGCGUCGACGGAGAUUUUGGUGUGAACGUCAAAUCGUUAAAAUAUAUCAAAGAACCUCUCGAAAAUAAAUCAGAAUUAGCAGAGAAUUCAAAAGAUCACGACUCGCGAUCAAAUACAGCAGUCAGGUGGCGAAUCACUGUUAGACAUCAACGCCCGAAUGCUGAACAUGCAGCUCCCGAAAUGUAACUCAAAGUUUUAGAAAAG